CCUUACAGUACUUCAAAAUCACUCCAUUAAUAUCCCCAGUAGGCAUUUAUGCGCCCCACAAUCAUUUGUUUUCUUAUAAAGCUGUUUCAUCACCAAAAUCACUAACUGAUCCUUUCUAAGUCGUCCUUGGGGCUCUCCACAAAACCCUAGAACACAACUGACAAAGGAUGGGGAGGGGGAAGAUUGCGAUCCGAAGGAUCGAUAAUUCUACAAGCAGGCAAGUGACUUUCUCAAAGAGAAGAAAAGGAUUGAUUAAGAAGGCAAAGGAGCUGGCAAUUCUUUGUGAUGCAGAAGUUGGACUUGCCAUCUUCUCAAGCACAGGAAAGCUCUACGAGUUUGCAAGCACCAGCAUGAAACAAGUUUUUGAACGAUAUAGCCACCUAAAAGAGGAUCAUCAGCAAUUGUUGAAUCCACCAUCAGAAGUAAAGUUUUGGAAAAGGAAGGCAGCGAUGUUGGGGCAACAACUACACAAUUUGCAAGAAAAUCAUCGACUUUUGAUGGGGGAACAACUUUACGGUUUGAAUGUCAAAGACCUACAAAAUCUAGAGAAUCAAUUGGAAAUGAGUUUGCGGGGCAUUCGUCUCAAAAAGGAACUAAUAUUAACCGAUGAAAUACAAGAGCUAAACCAAAAGGGGACUAUUAUACAUCAGGAAAAUGUUGAACUUUAUAAGAAGGUAAACCUCAUUCGUCAAGAAAAUAUGGAGUUAUACAAGAAGGUUUAUGGCUCAAGGGAAGCGAAUGAAACCAGCGGAAAUGCCUUCAUUCAAUACAGUUUGAGCAAUGGAGAAGAUUCACAUAUCCCAGUUCAUCUUCAACUGAGCCAGCCUGAGCAACGGCCUUAUGAUACAUCAGAAAGAGCAACAAGUAAAGAACUAAACUGAAGAAUAAUCUGACUGCGCCUCUCCCCAAAAAUUAUAUGAGGAGAAGAAAUAUGCAACUGGAGAAAGAUGAUCCGGAUAUAUAUAACUACAUGAAAUGAAAAGUCUGACAAUAUAUGUGACAUCACAUGCAACAUAAGUAGCUGAAGUUAUAAAUGAAAGUGAAAUACCCUGUAAAGUUGCAAUUAUUAAAGAGAUCAUAAUAUACUAUUGUGAACAUAUAUUGUUUCAGCUCUCAAGAUGUCUACAAUGUU